AGAAUGAGUACUAAAAAGUCUCCUGAGGAACUGAAGAGGAUUUUUGAAAAAUAUGCAGCCAAAGAAGGUGAUCCAGACCAGUUGUCAAAGGAUGAACUGAAGCUAUUGAUUCAGGCUGAAUUCCCCAGUUUACUCAAAGGUCCAAACACCCCAGAUGAUCUCUUUCAAGAACUGGACAAGAAUGGAGAUGGAGAAGUUAGUUUUGAAGAAUUCCAAGUAUUAGUAAAAAAGAUAUCCCAGUGAAGGAGAAAACAAAAUAGAACCCUGAGCACUGGAGGAAGAGCGCCUGUGC